CAAGCUCAAGCUACCUCCAUCCCAAACCACCAACGCCAACACCUCUAUCGGCUGUCCUCCGUUGCGCCACAACACCUUCAAGAUGUCCGACGACGACUUUAUGCUGGAGUCCGAUAACGAGGACUAUGAAUUCGACUACGAAGAUGACGGAGAAGAUGAGUCUGCGGACGUGGACAUCGAGAACCGAUACUACAAUGCGAAGCAGAUGAAGCCGACAGAUCCGGAGGCUGCAAUCAACGAGUUCUUGGAGGUUGUCAAGUCAGAGAAGGAAAAGGGAGACUGGGGAUUCAAGGGUUUGAAGCAGGCCAUCAAGCUAGAAUUCAAAUUGAAGCAGCAUGAGAAGGCGGUGGAACACUAUGCAGAGCUUCUCACCUACAUAAAGACGGCAGUCACCCGCAACUACUCCGAGAAGUCGAUCAACAACAUGCUGGACUUCAUCUCGUCGUCGAGCGACCCGGAAGACAUGCCAUACAUGGAACGAUUUUACGGGAUGACUCUAGAGGCGUUUACAGGUUCGAACAAUGAGAGGCUAUGGUUGAAGACAAACAUCAAGCUUGCGAAAUUGUGGCUGGACAGGAAGGAGUACUCGCGGUUAACUAGGAAUGUCCGCUCGUUGUACAGAGCCUGUCAGAAGUCGGAUGGAUCUGAUGAUCCUAGCAAGGGUACUUAUUUAUUGGAGGUCUAUGCCAUCGAAAUUCAGAUGUAUUCUGAGAUGGGCAACAAUAAGAAGUUGAAGGCUCUAUACAACAAGUCCUUGAAGGUCCGGUCGGCAGUGCCGCAUCCUAAAAUCAUGGGUAUCAUCAGAGAGUGUGGAGGAAAGAUGCACAUGAGCGAAGAGAACUGGAAAGAUGCGCAGAGCGAUUUCUUCGAAUCCUUCCGCAACUAUGACGAAGCGGGCUCACUGCAGCGAAUCCAGGUGCUCAAGUACCUCGUUCUCGCAAGCAUGCUGAUGAAGACGGAAAUCAACCCGUUCGAAUCACAAGAAACCAAGCCGUACAGAAGCGACCCCCGCAUUUGUGCCAUGACGGAUCUGGUGGAAGCAUACCAACACAACGAGAUCCACCGCUACGAAUCGAUUCUGCAGACGCACAAAGCCGAUAUUCUCUCGGACCCUUUCAUCCGGCAGCACAUCGACGAAGUCACCCGUAACAUCCGCACGGAGGCACUCAUUAAACUCAUUGCGCCAUUCACGCGGUUCACGCUCGACUUCAUCGCGCGCCAACUCAAGAUCUCUAUCCCGGAGGUCCAGGAGAUCCUCGGCUUUCUCAUCCUCGAUAAAAAGAUCCGCGGAAAAAUCAACCAGGAGAAAGGCACCGUCCAAAUCGAGAGCAAUUCCGACGUUGAGAGAAUGCGUGCCAUCAGCGACUGGUCCAACGCCCUCGACCGCGUAAGCCGAGCCAUGUUCAACGAGGGUGACGGCUUUAGACUAGACGACCCUAGCGUUGGUCCAGGAGGUAGUGGUGGUGCCUCAAUUACUGGUGGUGCUGGUACCGGUGGUGGCGGUACGUAUGGCCAUGUUUCUCCCAGAUACCAGUUGCCAUCCUCUCCAAGCCCGCCUUGUUGAUGGGCCCAGGGCAUGGAUGGGGGGGGGGG